UACUGCAGGACGCCUCAUAGGUCUCAAAGACAAACUGAGCGAGCCGAAUUUCAUCAAAUCAUGGCAACGCUGCUCAAGAUGAUCAUACAAAGUAAACUUAUCCUCGUCCAGCAACACAACCACCUCGCGGAAAAAGAUAAAUUAAAAAGAAGACAAUAUCGUGCGCUCCAAACAUAAUUCGCACAGCGCAGAAAGAUGCUGAACGGUAUAAGAACAGUGCGAGCAAACAGGUCAACAGACAAAAUCUAUGCAAGCGUUCUUCCAGCAUCCAAAACCGGAAGCCCCUCAAGUAGCAAAUCGAAAAGGGAAACCACGAAUGAUGAAGAAAAAGAUAACAACGCACGGAAGCAAACCAAACCCCAUCGUAAUCCUUCUUAUCUGCUUUGUGUUUCUUCAACUUUCCUCCCAUGACAUUAAUCCCCAAGAAAUUCAGAAAAGAAAAGGACAGAAAUAAAAAGAGAACGAAUUGAAAAGUUGAGAAUAUCCUUUAAUUCCCCAAAUUCAUGCUGAAGAUGAGAAAACAUGCAAGUAGAGAAGUCGGAAAGAAAGGGGAGAUGCGACGUACCUCGCAUGCUCGACACGGCUGACGGCGACGGCGAAGACGCCGGCUGAGAUAUCACCGACCGGCCUACCAUGCUCGAACCGGAAGCCCCAACCCUUUGUUAUUCCUCGCCCGCUGGAGAACGCGGGAAACUCGAAAGAGGACUGGAAAAGAUUGGACAUAAUUGCGGAUCCAGUCGAAUUGUUCUCCUAUUCGAAAUUCUCUACGGGUUUGGAACACAUUAAUACUGACAUUUUAGCUCACCAUCCGCCAUACUUAAAACAAUGUGAUCGUGCGGAUUCUGUCAAAUGUCUAACCCGUGUUCUUCCAUAUUAAUGUGACUAAACUAGUUUCGAGCGUGCGGACGUAGACGGAGCCAAGAUGAUGUGCAACGCCCUCUCCACGGGCUCCCCGCCGAGCGUCCUCUCUCCUCCUCCGCCCAUCGACCGCCGCCAGUUGACCACGACGCUGGCAUCAUGCACCACCAUGGAUGAGCUCAAGCAAAUCCACUCCCAAUUCAUCAAAGUCGGCCUCGCUGACGACAACGAUGCCAUUGGCCGAGUCGUUAAGUUCUGUGCCUCGUCGGAUUCUGGCAGUUUGGAAUACGCGCUCCAAGUGUUCGACAAAAUUCCCCGUCCUGAUUCCUUCAUUUGGAACACCCUCAUUCGAGGCCACCUUCAGUCUGGCCUCGACGACUCGUGCAUUAACCUCUAUUCAGAGAUGGUAACUCGCUCCGUGACGCCAAACAGAUACACGUUCCCGCCCGUCGUGCAAGCAUGUUGUAACAUGCACCGUCUUGAGGAGGGAAAGCAGGUGCAUGCCCAUGUGUUCAAGCAUGGGUUCGCGUCGGAUUUGUAUGCUCAGAACAACUUGAUUCAUCUGUAUACUACUUGUGGGGAACUGGAUGGGGCUCGGAGAUUGUUUGAUAAAAUGGACGAGAGGGAUGUGGUCUCGUGGACGGCAAUGUUCUCUGGAUACGCGAAAUGCGGCCGUGUUGAUGAAGCCCGUCUAUUGUUUGACGAAAUGCCUGUGAGAAACUCCGUGUCUUGGAAUGCUAUGAUAGCUGCAUACGUUCAAAAUGGUAGAUUUCAGGAGGCAUUUGCACUUUUCGAACGGAUGCAAGCAGAAAUAGGUGUAGACAAGUAUGCUGCUGCUACCAUGUUGUCAGCAUGUACAAGCUUGGGAGCAUUGGAUCAGGGGAAGUGGAUCCAUGCAUGCAUAGAGAAGAGCGGGAUGGAAUUGGAUAUGAAGCUGGCAACAUCGGUCAUUGGUAUGUAUUGCAAAUGCGGGUGUUUGGAGAAAGCAUUUGAAGUUUUUAGGGGAUUGCCAAAGAAGCGCAUUUCUUCAUGGAAUUGUAUGAUUUCUGGGCUUGCUGUUCAUGGGCAGGGUCGAGAAGCCCUUGAUCUUUUGAAUGAGAUGGAAGAAGAGAUGGUGACUCCUGAUGAUAUCACUUUUGUGGCUGUCCUCAAUGCUUGCGCCCAUGCUGGUUUGGUCCAAGAAGGGCGCUACUAUUUUGAUUACAUGACGAGGAUUUAUGGUAUUAAACCUAAGAUGGAGCACUAUGGUUGCAUGGUUGACCUGCUUGGCAGAGCUGGUCUGCAAGAGGAAGCGAAAGAUUUUAUAGACAAGAUGCCCAUGAAGCCUGAUGCUGGUGUAUUAGGUGCCCUUUUUGGAGCUUGCACGAUUCAUGGAAACGUUAAACUGGGGGAAGCCAUUGGCAAGCAAGUUAUUGAACUAGAGCCUCACAAUAGCGGGCGAUACAUACUUUUAGCAAAUUUGUAUGCAUCAGUAGGCCGGUGGGAUGAUGUUGCUAGUGUUAGAAAGAUGAUGAAUGACAGAGGGGUCAGCAAGCCACCUGGCUGUUCUAUGAUAGAAUUAAAUGGCGCUGUACAUGAAUUCAUUGCAGGAGACAGGGCCCAUACUCAAUCUAGGGAGAUUUACUCAAUGUUAACUGAAAUGUCUUCCCGUCUUAGAUCGGCAGGAUACGUUCCUGAAACUAAGGGCGUGUUGCACGACCUGAGUGAAGAUGAAAAGGAAAGCCCGUUGCAUUAUCACAGUGAGAAACUUGCAAUUGCAUUUGGAUUGCUACACACAAGAUCUGGAGAUACAAUUCGAAUUACAAAGAAUUUGAGGGUCUGUCCAGAUUGUCACAGUGCUACAAAACUAAUAUCGAAGCUCUUUGACAGAGAGAUCAUUGUCAGGGACAGGAACCGCUUCCAUCAUUUCAGAGAGGGGAACUGUUCUUGCAAGGAUUACUGGUGAAGAAUGGGAACGAAUUGAUUUUGAAGUCUGAAUCAUUUCAGAGUGGCUGUUCAGGUUCAAAGGAUGGGAGUUUGGACCGUGUUGAAUAGAAGUACCAAAAGAUCAUAAGCAACGAGACGACGUCCUUGUCAUUUAGAUAUAAACUGACGGUGGUCGGUGGGUUUCUGUCAUUGGUGACUAAGAAUUCCCUAACAAGAUGAAUAUGAUUGAAGGAAGAAUAACCUUUAGCUACCUAUGAAGUCACAACAGAGAGAAAAAAAAAACACCAAAAAACAGAAGAUAGGGAAAACAAUACUACCUGUAGUUACGUGACUAUCAUUUUUUAUGUUUAUAUCUUUGAAUAAAGCAUUACUGUCAACUACAAAUCCAGAUCGCAGAUCAUUGGCCAGAUGACAAAUGAUCCUUAUGACCUGGAACUUGCGGAAAGCAGGAAGGAUGUGUAACGCGUUACAAUCUUAUAUAGGCCUCUUGACGGGAAUUUAAGGUAG